AUGGCCACUUUUGGCUGGAGUUAUAAGAAAAAUGCAAGUGGAAGUAAAAGACCUCGUGAGCAAUCAAGACAACUCGAGGAAUGGCAAAAAAACCGCCCUGAUACCAGCACAAAACCACUUCAUCCGCAGUCGCACACAGCAGAGACCUUGACAGCUGGCACACCGCAGAAAAGAAGGAAAUGUGAGUGAUGCGCACAGGGUAAACAUAACCUAAAAGUAAACGCAAACCAUGCAACGCCAAUCGUGCAUACUAGAAUAUGAAUAUGGUAAUACAUGAUAAAAAUAUGUAAGUUUUAAGAUAGGAAGAUUAAAAUUAAGUCCUUACUGAACUAAAACAUUAAUUAACUACAUGUACCACCAUACCAUACUCAUAAAUGUGCUUCACUUUGUGUGAUCUUCUAUUCUGCUUUUAUUUGGUAUGUAACGCAAUGCUUCCCCUCAAAUAACAGCUGUUCACAUUCAUACUGUUGCUCUAAAUUUGGGUGCGCAAGCUGUUGCUGCAGAGACCAAUCAUUAAUUGUCAGCAAACUGAAAAUUUCACUUCAAAUGUAAAAUUAUAUAUACCUGCCAACUCUCACGCCUGCGGGUUGAAAACUUCGAUCUCACGCUGGCUCACGCUUGCGGGCCAAUUUCUCACGCCUGAUUGAAAAAUGUGAGUUGUUGCCGUCUUGCUUGACACAAUUUCCAAAAAUAUGUUAACUCAGACCCAUGUAAGGAACGAAAACCAUGUGUAAAAUGAAUAAAUGACAAUACCUUCCUCGCGAUCCCUGAUUUUGUGGAUAAGCAUUUUCUCGAUAACUUUGCCUUCGGCAGACUUUGGACGUCUUCGGAAGACUUCGGAAGACUUUGGAAUUCUUCGGAAGACUUCGAACUUCUUCGGGAAUCUUCGGAAAUGAUCGUGUCGUCUUCAAAAAUCCCAGCACUCCCAGGAUAAAAAUCUCACGCUUAAAUCUCAGAAAUAGUUGGCAGGUAUUAAUUGUAUGAGUAGUGCAAUGUUUGUUGCAGUAGCACAGAUGUUACUUAUAGUGCGACAGAGAAAACCUUGAACACCUGAAAUAUGUCAGGAAUGUUAUUUCUGUCCAAUCACCUGUCCAGAAUCCACUCAAAUUUGAGCUUAUUCUUGUCAUUAAACCUCUGAGACUACUCAUAAAGAAAUACAACAGGGCAUGCAUUUGUCCUUUCACCAAUCACUGGUGCUCCAAUGCAAUAAUGUGGUGCCAUUACUUAUUCCUGUAUUAUCUAUUACGCUGAAAUAAAACAAGUGAAUUCACAAAUUAAAACACAUGAGCGAUUCAUUGAUCGCUGAAAACCUAUCACAACUGAUUCAACAGUCAGCUGAUAUUUUGGAACCAAUUUUACAGUAGUUAACAUCAUUUUAAGCAAAAUUUAACCUUUUACAUUCUUUUGAUUUUGCUAAACCCAACCAAUACUUUUAAUAUUUUUGGCACAUUUUAGGUGUUUAUGGUUUUCGCGGUGGCCCUGUUAAUGGGGAAGGGGGAGCAGGAUUUGAGCACGGAAAACAGGAAAAUGAAAAAAUGGGAACAAACAGGGCUUCUGAUAUUUCGCGGAAAAAAAAGCAAAAUUUCGCGGGAUUUUCAGGGGCAAAUUCGCAGAAACAUCGGUUGAUUUCGUGGGAUUUUCGCGGGAGGAAAGUCAAAAUUCGCAGAAAAAUCGGCCAAUCUCGUGGAUUUUAGCGGUUAAAAUCCAAAUUUUUAAGGAUUUUCAGGGGCAAAUUCUUAGAAAACUGGACCGAUUUCACGGGAAACUUCGCCAAGAAACAAUCAGUAAAAAACAGCCGAUUUCGCUGGAUUUUUUCUGGCAAAUUUCGCUAAAAUCGAUCAAUUUUGCGUCGAUAUGACCAGCGUUGUUUAACGUUUUCUUAACAGGGAUAAUCAUUUACUCUUUCAACAACAGUUCGCUUGAGAAAUGAGCGAAUGCUAAAGCUAUUAACAUUAUGGUUAUUGCCCAGUUUUUCGCCACGUUCACCUAAAAAAUGCCUGGUAGUUUUGGGACGUUGUUGACUCGUUGCAGUGACGAAGUUUCAAGAUAAAUUUGGAUGUUUGGGGUGAAUAAAACAGGUCUAAUAGCCAAGAUUUCAUGGUAUUUCGCGUUUUUUUGGGAAUUUCGUGGGAUUUCGCGGAAAUACCUGAAUUUCGCGGGUCCGCGACCGCGCAAAAUAUCAGAAGCCCUGAACAAAGGAGAGAGUUGGAAAUGAAGUUACCGAAAUUUUACCUGUGAAAACAGCCACUUCGCAGGGCUCAAAGUUUAAAUUUGACUUUGUGAGCACCUGUGCUACCAGAUGUAAAUUUUUAGGCACACAGCUGAAAAUUUUAGGAGCGCAGCUUAUAAUGUUUGGAGCAUCUAUUUCAAAAGAAAAAGUAAAAAGCUCAACAGUGCCACGUUAAUUUGUCAUCUUCAGUUUGUUAGUUUUACUUCAGUCCUCUCUGCUGGGGACGUUUCCCAAGGAGGAACAUCUGUGACUCAGUGAUAGAAAUUCCAUACUGAUGACAUAAAUCAAUGGUUACAUAAUAAAUUUAAUAGUCAUGGGGUUCCAAAUGCAAGUUUGUUCAAUUUACAUUUCUCCUGGUUGAUUUUGGUAAAGUUUUGUGUUUACCCACAAAUGAGCUCCAGCAAAACUCAAAUAUUGACUGUUUUGUUAUUUUGCUUUUGUCUGUCAUUCACAAACAAUAGCUAAAACAAUGCAACUACUCUGUUGUCCAAUCAGCUCUCAUGACUGGAUUCUGGACAGAUUCUACACCAUCAGUAUGGAAUUUUUGUCGCUGAGUUGCGGACAUUCCUCCUCACGAAACAUCCCCAGCGGUGAGGAGUGAGAAUAAACUGCUGUUUUCGCAGGUUAUUACCAGGGCUUCUGAUAUUUCGCAUGGUUGUGGAGCCACAAUAUUCAGGUAAAUCUGCGAAAUUCACAACAACAUGCAAAAUACCGCAGAAUUCGCUAGAAAUCUUAUCAAAUAUAUGUCUGUACAACAUUAUUUGGAACUUAUCUCAGCCAUUGGGGCUGUUUACUUGCCGUAAGCUUGCAAAUUUAUCAUGAAAAUUCAUCACUGAAAUGAGCAAUCAAUGUCCCGAAACUACCAGGUACAGAUUAUGUUGCGGAAAACUGGACACUAGCCAUGAUGUUAUUUAGGCUUUGCCAUUGGUUCAUUUCUGGAGCAUAUUGUUGUUGAAAAAGCAAAACAAUGAUGACCUCUGCUAAGAAGACAUUAAAAACACUGGUGUGAUUGAUUUCUAGCAAAAUUUGCCCUGAAAAAUUCCCACAAAAUCGGCUGUUUUUUACCAAUUGCUUUUCAGCAAAGUUUGCCCCAAAAUUCCCCAUGAAACUUCCUACAAAAUCGGCUCAUUUUUCUGCAAAUUUGUCCUUUACCAGCCGCCUAUCAGAAGCUCUGUAUUACUGACAGGGCCAGGGUUUAAUUUAGGUUUGCUUCCAUUUUGCACUUUCCUGUUCCCCACGCUUGUUCCCUGCUCUCUGUUUUCUGUUUCAGUACCGCACUACAUGUAUCAGAUUGGACUGAGUCUAGUACACGUAUAUUGCUCUGUAUACUGAAUAUGAAAAUAAUUACUUUGUUCCAUCAAUUGUGGAAAGCUGAAUGCAUGAAUUUUAAUAUUCUCCCUCAAAUCACUGGUAAUGGCCCUUGUUAGCUUCCCCAUUUCAAAACUUUUCCAGGGGUGCAUGGCCCCAGACCCUAAUUGAGGAAAGGGGAACUUCUGCUGGGUGCUAACAUUAUGUAGCCAACUACUUUAAAUCUUACUGAAGGAACUGCCAGAUGUGUAAGGGCAAUGUUUUUUUUAUGAAAAACAGCUACUAAUACUAGAGAAGACCUCCGAGGUCGCCCAGAACGGACACUUCAGCCAGCGCUUCAUGCGAUCGCUAUUGUGUCCGAUGUGAGGCUUGUUUAGAUCGUUGUUUUUUAGUUGACAAAUGGGAGACAAAGUGAAAGCAUUAUGAAAAGAAAACGAUGAUUUAAAGAGACAACUGUAUCAGUAGUCUCUAGUCAUAACUGUGUUGUCAUUGUUACUACUUGCAUUAUUUUAUCAGUAGUCUCAGUUUUAGUUUAUUAGGUCUCUAGUCACUUUUAGUUGUAUUCAUUUCCUGAAAACAUGACAUGCCUAGAUUUGCAUAGCUACCCGAGGGCAUGUACUUCAAUCUUAAAAACAAAGAAAAUGCAUACAUGUAUAUAAAAAAAAUGUCUGUAUAUGUAUUCUGAAUCUGUUACUCAUUCUAAUCAAAUUAAUACUGAAAAUGCUUAACAACUAUUACUCAUGUUAAUCAAAUCAAUUCUGAAUAUGCUUAGCAAUAUAUUAUUUACUAAUAAAUUUUUUCAUUAAAGAAAUAAACGUAUUAGAACACUCAUGCAGUUGAAAUUGUCCUUUAAUUCUCAAGCUCAAAAAUUCAAUAUAAAGCUUACUAAUGGUGUAUACUGGUACAUUUCAUUAAUCAUGAUUGCCUACUUUGUCUUUAUAGAUAAAUAAAUUGAUGCCAAAAGGUCUAUUAAAGUAGAGGCCCUCAUGACAAAUAUUUUUAUUUGGAAUAUUAUUAUUGAUUAUUGAUGUGUAACUUUCAGUCAUUGUUUUGUUUACAACUUAGAUGAUCCAAGAGCCAAGAUCUUUGUUGGAAAUCUUGACUGGAAAACUAAAGAAGGUAAAAACUUAACAAUAUUAAUCAUAAAUAAUGAUAUUAUAAUCUUUGUGGCAUUUUGCAUGGGCAUAAUGUAGAGAUGACCAAGUUUCAUCCUCGCAAUUGCAUACAUUUUUUAUCUCAUUCGGGACAUUUUAUUUGUUUGUUACUGUUGGAAUUGCCCGAGGAGAUUUUAAAUGAUUCCUUUUUGUUGCAGUGGAAGAAACAUGACUGUGUUUGGGGUUAGUCAAGGUAGAAGUAAAGUGAAUCAGGAGCAGAAAAACAAAACCUCUGGGACCAAAAAUUUUUAAUGGAGGAAAAUUUAUCAUAGAGACGCUGAAACCAGCACUAAAAAGCCCUACCAUUUUUAAAGUCUUUUAAAUUCCAACAUUCUACACCAUAUGUGCACCAGAAUUCUACACUCACCUAUAAAUUACCCAAAUUCACUGUUUUUAUUACAAUAAUAAAAUCAUAACCAUCCUUCACACCGAGAUGUACCCAAACAAACACCUGGCCCACUGAGUUUCAACAUUUCACAGUCCAAUAUUUUGUCAUGUUUUGUAUGUGCAACAGGCACAAAUCCACACUGGUUCCCACUGUUUUACAGAAAUCCGUCAGGUUUUUCAACAAAAUUAUUAUAUAUAAAUGAAAAACCUCCCAAGCUGAAAUCUGAAAAAUGGUUUAGAUAAACGUUUUUUUCCCAAUUUCCAGACAUUAGAUGCCUUCCAGUGACUCAGAAACCCAGGAGAGAGGACUUUAGGGAGUUAAAAUCCAAAACACUUCCCGGGGGAGCAUGCCCUAGGAUCCCCUAGAGGCUUGUGCCUUCAGCCUUUGUUUAGAAAAUCAGUCAGUAUUUAUCCUAGAUCUGUGCCUGUGCAAACCUCAUGCACAUCUACUUUUGUCCCACAAAAAUGCCCAUACUGACUCCUCAGACUCUCCUUUAAAAACAUUGGCCUUUUAAGACCACCCCUCCCCCACCCCCCCACCUCACCAUUGAAAUUUCCAAUGAUCCUCUAUGGGACAGUUUUGGACACUCACUGUGUAUAAUACUCAGUUUUAAACAUCCAUUUUCUUCCAAUAAUUUUACCAGACUGAGUUUAUCUUUAUAUUGUUGAUCUUGUCUGUGGCCAUCAUGGAGAGGUUAUUUAUUUUGAGACAUGGAGUGGAAUUUGCCACAUGCAGUCACAAAGAAAUGCUGAUUUUUAUUUUAAUAUGUGGGUCACUGACCUUGGCAAAGUGUUUCAGUCUCAUUUUGUAGAAUGGAGUCCAUAAUAAAUGAUUAUUAAUUUUAUGGCUUCACUGUGAUGCAGAAUGCAUGGCAUGGCUAAGAGUCAAACCUAAAGAACAGUCCUUUUUUGAUAAGCUAUUUUAACUUGUACAGUAGUUACAUUAGUAAGGAAAUCAGAAGCUCUUUAAAUUACUUUUCAGUGACCCUGGCUGAAUAUUUUUCCACCUUUGGUGAAAUAGAAGCUGUCAGAGUAAGCUUUGUUGUUCUUUGUGUUUUUGUUUGUUUGCUUGUUUUUUAAAGAAACAUUAAUAAACUUUCAAUCUGUGGACAAUCCUUAAUAAUGCCACCAUUCAAAUGAAAUGUUUUCAGCAGAGCUUUGUAUUUUUUAGGAUUUUGUAAAAAAACUUGACUUUGUGUGUAAUGUUUUUCUCUGGCCUUUAUUUCAUUUGCAAUGAAAGGUUCAUAAAUAAUGUUUAUGUUGUAGUUAUUUUUUAUCUCAAGAAAUUUUUAUUUUUGUUUCAACUUCAUUAGCAUACAUUACCAUACCCAAAAACAAAAGAGAAAUAAAAAUUACCUGAGGCAAAAAAUUAACUACAACAUUUACACAUACAUCUGCAUGUAAACACCAAGAAAAAAAUAGAAAUGAUUACCAUUUGAACAUACAGUACACUUAAAUCUUUUAUUGACCAGAAAGAAAAAUGAUGCAUGUAUUAUUAUUAUUAUUGUUAUUGUUACUAUUAUUAUCUACCCAAGAACGUUUACAAUUUUACAUCCGCUACAUCAACAACUCCCUCCCUACACGUAAGAAUAUGGUAAGAUGGGGAUUAUCACAAAGUCCUGAUUGCUCCUUUUGUCUUAAUCCUGAAUCACUCCUUCAUGUUGUCACUGGUUGUCAACAGUACCUUGAUCGCUUUACCUGGAGACACGACUCAAUCCUUAACUUCAUUGCCAAGUCACUUCAACCUUUAAUUAAUGUUCACUCUUCACUCUAUGCAGAUGUUAAUGGUUUUCUGAAUCCCUUAAUAAUAACUGGUGAAAAUUAUCGUCCAGAUCUUCUUUUCCUAAUCCAGUCCAAGUGCCUAUAUGUUCUAGAAUUAACAGUUGGUUUCGAGUCCAACCUUAACAACAAUGCAGUGCGUAAGAAAGAAAAAUAUCUGAACUUGAUCAACGAAAUGAGUAGAAAUUACAGAUGUGUGAGAUUUGUAAAUCUCUCCAUGAGUUCCCUUGGUGUUUUCUCCGAUGAAUGCUCCACGUUCUUAGACAUGAUGAAUGACAUUGGCAUUGACAAAAAGCAGCAACGUUAUAUAAUCAAGAAAAUGAUAAAUAUAGCCAUUAGAGCAACAUAUUACGUCCUUUGUUGUAGAAACAGGAACUGGGAUAGCCCAGACUUAAUGCAAUUUUGAAUUUUUUUUUUGGCUUUUGUUUUGUUUUGUUUUUUUUUUUCUUUUUAAUAAUCCAAUCUCAAGCAGCAUUUGUAAAUUGCCUAUACGUAGCGAGAUUUACAAUUGUACAUUCAAAAACACAAAUAAAGUUUCCAUUUUUAGUAGAAAUGAUACACAUUCAUUUUCCUAAUCGUAUAAUGUUAUAUAUUUUGCUUCAAUGUAAACUGGUCUGUACUAGAUAUUCAUUUUAACUCGUUGACCAAAUUAAAGUACAAUUUUGUUUUGAUUAACUUUGUAACAAUUUAUUUAGGUAGUCAAGGAUCAUGAAACUGGUACCUCUCGAGGAUUUGCCUUCAUUACAUUCUCUGAAGCUGAAUCAGGUAAAUGGCACUAAACUGCAAUUCAAGCUGUACAUGGAUAAUUUUAUACUACCAGUCAUCAGAUUAUUUCCAGUUAAUCGAAUUCGUCAGAACACAUCCUAAUCUGGUAUUCCUGUGGUACAAAGGCAGAAAUGUUUGAGCUAUCACAGGUGACUACUGAUUUGUCGCCCCUAUUAAUUUUAUCAGGAGCUUCUCAGCUGCAGGAAACUGGACCCCUUUGGACUCGUUUGAUGUCACGAUUGUAGAAUAAGACGAAUGCGGAUCCAUAAUCAAUGAUUAUUACUAGUCAAUAAUAGUCAAAUAUCUGGCUUUUAAUUAACAAUCACAAAUGCUGCUUGUACUUUUAGUGUUUUCAACUGUCUUUACAGUGCACCCCUCUAUAAACAGUGUACUAGGUUAAUAUGCAGAUUUUGUAAGAACAAUAGUUUUUUCAAGAAAGGAAAACCAAUUUUGAUAUCAGCUGUUCAAAAGGUGCAAAGUGCUAUCCACUGGGUAAAUCGUUAUCUAGUGGAUAACACUUGGUUUCCCCAACACUUACGUGCUGGUUGGUGAUAAUUAAUCCGGUAGAUAGUACUAUCCAAAACAUGAAAAACCAGGGACUGAUCAAUACACUCCACCUGUAUCAACCUAAACUGUGAGUAGUCCCCAUUUUUCCUCUGGCCAGGAAUAGUAGAGCAAGCAAAAUGCGUGCGUGUGUAAAAGUCAUCCCACGCGAGUCAUCCCACGCGAGGUCCCUAUUUGGUCUCGCCUUUCUUGUGUGGGGUGAUUUUCACUCGUGCUUGCGUUUCGCUCGCUCAUUUACUAUCCCAGAGGAAAAAUAGAGACUACUCGCAGUCUAACGUAGCCAUGCUAACAUGGACUACAUUCAUGAAAUUAGUAUAAUUGUGCUGCAAUUAAGUUCAAUUUAUUAUCUUAACACACGUUAUGACUGGCCACUCACAGAAAUUAACUCUCUUAAGCUCUUUUGACCAAGUUAAGUCAGGCAGAGUCAGUGCUGUUCAUGUUUGACUUUUCAGCCCCUCCAUAAAGCAGCAAAUUGUAAGUAAUAUCUUUAAUACAUUUUGUUUUGUUCUUCAGCAACAAAGUGUAAAUCCUGGUGUGCUUAUAACCAACUGGUGAGUGAGUUCACAAUAUCAUAGCUUGUGUAGCGGGUGCAAGAAAGGAGGAAUGUAGUACUCCCAGGAACACCAGAACACCGGAACAUCCUGGAACACCCAAAAAACCCGGAACACCCGCGAGAAAACCUGGAACACCCCCCCCCAGAAAACCCAAAACACCCCCAGAAAACCAGAAACACCCCCCAAAAAGCCUGGAACACCCAUUGAAAUUUGGCACUUGAAACGUACAUUUUUUAGUACUCAUAAUUUCAUACGAGUACCACGCAGCAAAAACUUAUUUUGUAACAUACUUGCGCAGUCUGGUUUUUAGAGAUUUUGCGCUCUUCUUGGUAUUUUGGAAGAUGUUCCUGAUUUUUUGGGGGGUGUUCCGGGUUUUCUGGGGAGUGUUCCUGGUUUUCUGGGGGUAUUCCGGAUUUUCUGGGGGGUGUUCCGGGUUGUAGGUGGUGUUCCGGGUUUUUUGGGUGUUCCGGUGUUCCAGUGUUCCGGUUCUUCCUGAAAGUAAUACAUGCCAAGAAAGAAUGGGGUUCACUAGGGAGACUUUUCAAGCCUCUGCUAUGCAGGCUAUCAUUAUCCACUCGUGGCCAAUGUCAAAAAGAAGAUAUUAUAGUGUCAGGAAAAUCCUUGUAUCAACUACAGUAUGUGAACAAUGCUUCUAGUUUGCACUAAUAGUUUGUGCAUCAUUUGUGCUUUUGUUUGCUAGAAAAUUGAUGAUAGAAAUGUUACUGUAAGAACAGCAGAGCGGCGACAGGUAAAUUUAACCAGACUAGAGAAAAUUUCCCUUUUUUGCGUUGCAUUGUUUGUUUCCUGAAAUUGCAACACUGUAAACUUUGGGUUUGAAAAAAUUGAGGGUGAAUCCCUUGUUGACCUUUGGAUGAGCAGUUGUCACAUUUUGCUUGCUCAAGGUCACUCACAGAUCUUAGUAAAGGAUUUAGUAAAUAGAAGAUGACAUACUGGCUCUUGCCCACUGGGCAAGUGAGUAUGAAAGUUACAGUACUUGCCGAGCCGGAAAAUCUAGGGUGCUUACCAUUUACACAAACCAUCCGGGUGGAAAUCUUGUGCAUCAACAUGAAACUAUAAAAUUGGACGUGAUGGGAGAAUGACCCGCAACAAAGUAGAUCAAGAUAUUAAAAGUUGAACGGACUAAAAAGAGUCGCAAAAUUGCAUUGCCUGAAAUCACAGCCCAUAUGGUGUGAACCAUUUGAUUUCCAGCUGGAAUUUCUGGUUUUCCCAUGUAAAUGGUAGAUGCAAGUACCCCAUAGUUGUCCCAGAUUGCUUGACGGGACUUUUAUGAGCCUUGAUACCUAUAGGUUUUAUUCUCAAAUUUUCUGUAUACCUGCAUUGUUUAUGUAGAUCAGUACUAGCCUUUUAGAAUAUUUGCAGGUUUUCUCUGAUUUGUUAUUUUGGUUUUAGUGUUGAUGAACUAAUAAAACUGAAUUUAACGUACGGUCACAAUUAAGUUAUAACAGGAACAAACUCCCUUUGGAUCCCUCCCUGACCUUAAAAAUCUUUUUAAUUUUUUUUUUGUUAUAAAUAACAGGAAAAUUGUGUUAAGAGGAAACCCCGUGGGUUAUUAUUGCAUAGAUGUAUUUUAUUGAUCAUUCAUAUUUCAUCUCUAGGUGUUCAUAAAAUGCUAUUACAUGCUGCAGGGUUGUCACUAAGGGGCCGGGGACCGGGGAUUUCCCUCGGCUACUAUGAGCAUGACCCUCGACUAUUUUCUUAGGAAACAAUGAUAAGAAUGAUAAGACCAGAAGUAAAUAUCUCCCUGGCUGUUCAGUUCCCCACCUACUAACUGCAUAUACUGAUAACAUGAAAUCUUUGCGACAACCCUGAUCCUCGCAUUGGCCUGCAGAUGAAGUUAACUCAUGCAGUCUGUAGUCACAAGCCUUUCUUUCAGAUCAGUUAGGCAUAACCUGCUUAAAACUUCAGAGUGAUGAUUGAUGUUAUGUUUAUAGCCUCAAAACGUAGAGGUUGAAAAGAAAAGGAAAGGUGUUGAUGACAACAAUCCAACACUUUACUGGGAGUAUAAAUGGGCUGAAGAUGGUAACGCAGAGGUAAUUUACGAAAAAUUUUACUCUUAAUUGAUAUUUAACCAAACGACAUGAUCAUAUGACCAUUUGUACGUUGUCUUCCGAGCCACGUGAAUAUCUAGCCGUGUACAGCCAGGGCAAAGGAGGAACUUUCAUUUCUCAGUUAUUUUAAGACCCUCAAUAAACCAAGGCCUCCCGUUCUGCAGAUCAGAACUGAUCUGAUCAUGUGGAGUAUAAAUGGGCUGAAGAUGAUAAUGCAGAGUUAUUUUGUGAAAAAUUUUACUCGUAAUUAGUAAUCCAUCGACAUGAUCAUAUCAGUAAUUAAAAAAUUUAAUGGAGGACAAGAAGGCAGUGUAAACGUUGUAACGUUGUAAAAUAGAAUAUAACGUAAGGAUUACAUGCCAGUUAUGUUCUCGACUUCAUUUUACAGGUGUAUGGACCAUAUGAGACCAGCUUGAUGUUGCAGUGGUCAAAAGCUGUGAGUACACUUUAAUGUUUCGCCUGUUAUCCAACGCCCGCCAUAAUGUUGUGUUGAUAGCACACAGACAGACCGAAAAACGGACAGAUUGAUUGAUUCACUUUUAUUUGAAUAUGGUAAUUUCAUUUAGUUACAAAACUUAUUUACCUGAAAGUCGUAUUGAAACAGAAGUAAAUACUAAUUUCGAUGAAGAUAUGAUCAUCUCAGUGGCGAUUGAAAUUUAGGCAAUUGCAAGUUAAACUGACAAACAAAUUUCGGGAUUUCAACAGCAUUCGAACCCAUGGCAACGUGCAAAGAAAGUGGUGUCCAAUAGCCCGGGGCUAGUGGAUUUUGCUACUGUGGUAGUGAAUUCUGUUUUUACUUUGCCUGACAGGCAAGUGAUGUUUUUUGAAGAAUUCGAAUUACUGAAGAACUGUGAAAUCAAUUGAUUGGGGCUAGUUGAAAUGAUGUCUGGGCUAGUAAAUGCUAGCUUCAGCUUGCCCGAAUGGCAAGCUGUAAAAAUGAUUUUCUUUGCACCCUGCAUGGCCUCUGCGUUGCAAUGCUCUACCAACUGAGCUAUUAGAACGGUUUUCACUUGACUGUCGUAAAACCAAAACCAAAGUAAAUACACUAGCCAACCAAAGGGCGUAGUAAAACCAAAACCAAAACCAAAACCAAUCCCUUUCGACAGUCAAGUGAAAACCGCUCUAAGACCCAUACAUUAAGAGCUCUUGAUUCUGUUUCAUUCCUUUCACGGGUUAUGAUGAACUCCACAAAUUGGCCUGCUCCCAAUGAAUGGGUCUUCAUAGCUCAUUUGGUAGAGCACUGCAGCGCUAACGCAUAGGCCUUGGGUUCGAAUCCCGUUGAAGCCCCGAAUUUUUGGGGGGUUAAUUUGGAAUUGCUUAAAUUACAAUUACCACUAUGACGAUCAUGUCUUCAUUGAAAUUUGUAUUUCCGCAGUUCACAUCAUCCUCGAAGUAAAUACUUUAGAAUUACUCUAAAAACAAUAUGUACAGGUGAUUUUUUCUUUUAAAAAUAGCUUUAUAUUCGGAUCCCCCUUGGUCAGUUACCAUAAAUCCUCUAUUAAGCUCCCACUCUCAAAUAAGCCCCCCCCCCUUUUUCAAGGGAGGAAAGUAAAUAAGCCCCCUCCCCUCCCCCUUGUUAUAUUUCACUAAUAAAUGAUAGACUGUAUUAAUGGAUCACGACUUUAAAACUUCAUGUGGACUGAUACGGGAUGGUUCAUUUACCAACUGCAAGUUCGGAUUUGUUUUUGAUUCUCAGCCACAUGACCUCUAACUUCUUGUACUUGAGCUUUUUCACUUUGUUUUCUAGUUUUCUAUGGAGAACUAAUACCAUCGUCUGGGUUAAAUGAAUAAGGCCCCAGUCUCUAUAAGCACUCCUCAAGGGGGGCUUAAUACAGGAUUUACGGUAGUAUGAAUUCCACAGCAUGAGAAAGAUCCUUUAUAAUAUUCUGUCUUUGGAAUAUGAUCCAGUGCAACAUUAUAAUCUGUGUUUUUUAGCUUCGACUAAUGAUAAGUAAGACUAAUAACAAGCAACUACAAUCGGCGACAAAAUUGUUGAGACAUUGUACUUAAAUAGGGUGACUUCGGAGAACAAAAGAAUCCGCACCCCUUCCCUGUCCCCUCCAUUCAAAGUUGGAGUGUUUGUUGUUUUCUAUAAGUAGCUAGAACAGGGGCCCAACAUUGUACGGAGGGGAUGGGGGAGGAAAGCUAUAUUUCCUCCUUUUGAAGUUGAUAAAACGUAAAAAAGCCUACUUUUGGGCGAAGUGUCUCAACUCAUUUUGUCGCCGAUUGUCUGAAUCGAAAUCUACGCGCUGUUGUCGUAUUAGCACCGGUUAGGAGACGGUAACUAGUUGAGAUUACUAUAUUCACCGGGUCGUUUUUCAGAAGAUAGAUAAUAUACCCAUAUAAUCCCUUUCCUGUGUUUUUCGAGGGAAAAACUGGUUUUGACAAUCUUUGUACUCGGUAGUGAUUUCAAGUAAUUACGCAGCAUACCCACGUACCGAAUGAUUGAUUUUCCUCUGGUAACUAAGUGUGAUCGGUAGGAAUUGAUGGCAGAUAAUAUGUUGUAUUUGAAUAUAUCCCUAGUAAGUUCGAAGUGUUUAUUCGAAGUUUGGCUAUUUGAUAAGGGUGGGAUGGACGAUAAAAUAGCCAUGAUCGCUAUGCGCAGGAGAAUUUUCAGGAAAAAUGUUCCAACUUCUAAUGCACAGCAAAGCUGCAUAGCGUCGCUAAAUCUGUGCAGCAGAUUCCUUGCCCAUAUACCCAUGAGGGUCUUUGAAGAAUGUACUUUACGGUAGAAACUAUGAGGUCAGGAGGAGACUGGCCACGAGUAACCAAGAGUAACCAACUUUGUUCGUAAAAGAUAAUUAGAUUAUUUUGUUUUUUACUCUGACCGUGGUUACUCGUGGUUACUCGUGGAAAUUCGUCCUAAAGAGCAAUUUUAGCCAUUAUAACUACUUUAAUGCCUAGAAAACUAUUAAGUCUUCUAUCCUUUUCACUUUGUUCUUUGUUUCGAUGCGUUUCGAUAAAGGAGAGAAUAAGAAAUCGUGCCCGACGCGCCACAUCGCACGAUGUCAAGGCACGGUUAAGCGUGACACGAAAUGUCACGCACUGAAAAUAACGAAAUCGCCUUAUUCUAAUUGUUCUAAGAUAGGUAUAAUGACGUCAAACAUAACAAAUAAAAAGCCAACAGGGAUCUUACAUCCCAGCAUAAAAAAAUGAAUUCAAUUAACUUUCUAAAGGACGUACGGCCACUUUUGAGAUUCAGACAAUCGGCGACAAAAUUGUUGAGACAUUGUACUUAAAUAGGGUGACUUCGGAGAACAAAAGAAUCCGCACCCCUCCCCUGUCCCCUCCAUUCAAAGUUGGGGUGUUUGUUGUUUUCUAUAAGUAGCUAGAACAAGGGCCCAACAUUGUACGGAGGGGAUGGGGGAGGAAAGCUAUAUUUCCUCCUUUUGAAGUUGAUAAAACGUAAAAAAGCCUACUUUUGGGCGAAGUGUCUCAACUCAUUUUGUCGCCGAUUGUAGGUAAAUUUCGAUUUACUUUAUCAUACAAUAAUAGGCUCAAAUGCCUUUGCCUUCUUGGGGCAAGCUCCUCCCAGUUUGACUGUUUUCUUAUUUCUGUUGAACACACAUCGUACCCUUGGAACGUUAUUAUGCGUACAGCACGAUCAGAGAAGUAAUUGCACAAUCAAAUCUCAAUUAUUUUCUCAGACUUUGUUAAAAGUCAUCUUCAAAAGUAGAUCUACCUGUAACGAAAACGCUGUUUCAAUUUCUGUACAGAAUGAUAGGGCCUUCAUCCACUUUUUAUUUAUAUUUUAUCUCAGGGCUAUUUUGACGCAGGAUGUUGGGUACGACAAAGCGAGACAAAUAAAAGUGGCGAGGAGAAAAAUGAACCUAACAGGGGAAGGCUGGUGGAUCAGUGUUACUCGGACUCAAGCGACUCAGAGGAUGAAGAUACGACUGAGGGGGACCACCCAGGGAAUGUUUUUGUACAUGUGUCUGAGAUUGACUUCUCAAUCUUUCCCUAGACGUACAUGUUAUAAUUCUAGAUACUUUGUCUCAGAUUCAUGACUUCCAAAAGGUGAUAAGGCAUCUGCAAGAGACUGACAACUGAAAUCGGAUCCCUAAAAGCAAGGAAUUUGUGUUCGCGUAAACACACUCGUUUGAGUUGGAACGUGGACAGAUCAGCAAAGUCGCCCCCACGUCCCAGAUCCAAGAGCUACGAACAAGAAUACGGACAGAAUUGGAUCCUUCGGAAGCGAUAGCACAUAGUAAAGAAACUUCGGUUGAAGCCUGAUCUCUCUCACUUCAGCUGGCAGUGUUUUGGCACUGGCACUUCAAAAUGUGCUGCGUCAAAUGUAACUACACUGUAACAAGUUAAAUAGACUGACUGCUUCCAGCUAAAAAUGACAAUAGAACAUCUUCGUUCGAACGGAACUGCUAUGAACCAUUUUUACAUAGUGCACUUGCAGGAUUUGAUGGUUACUUUCAUGGAAGUAACGUGGGAAUAAUUUUUGGUAGGUUUAAUAUUGUCCUGGCAGUUAUUUAUAGAGAACUAAGAAGGCAACGUUCAAUUAUAAAAAUCGCAUUAAAUGUAUCAGUUUACAUUGCUGAUGAUGUUAUUUGUAGUGCAGCAGUCACUCUGUGUCCGUAUUUUUCACUAGGUUUUCUCCUUUCCCUACUGGAUUAUUGUGUUAUUUGUUCCAGUCCUGUCGAGUUGAUACGGAAUCUCGAUCAGGACCCAAUGUUAUAAAAAUUAAAUUGGUGAACAAAUGUCGUAAAAUUUGUUUGAUGUCUACAUGUAUGCAAACGAAAGUGUGAGAUACUCAAUAACACAGUACUUCCAAUAAGAGGAUCUUGAUGAGCUUAAUUCUUAACUCGUAUGCUAGUAAACUGAAAUUUGCCAAAAUGUGAACUUUAUUGUUUUCCUUGAGUUUGGCUAAGGAUUUAGAAUGAAAACGGGUCGACGAUGUUGACAUGCCGUCAGAGAUGUGAGCGUUAUUAUGAAGCCUUCAAAGACAAAAUGCAAAACAGGGAAGGUGAUUUGCAAUUUGAGGAACACGAAAUUUUUCUGCUAUUGAUUAUCAGUGUCCCAAGGCUCUUGAUAUCGCAGUAGUUAAAUCGAUUAUAGAACACUUCUUAUUUCCUCAACCAGAAGUAUUGCCUAUCGCGCGAAACGGCAAUUUGAUUUUUGUUGUCUUGAGAUGGAUCACGGCAAAUCUGAGAAGAAACUUCAUAAAAGGAAGUGCUUGUCUGACCUGUUGUCUCCACACUUGGUCAUUUUUGUGGGUGUUGUUUUGGCUGCCACGUGCGUUGCUUUGGUGGUCUUGAAUGUUCGAAUGAAUCGACGUAUUUCUGCGUUCAACGACACUUUAGAGGAGCUGCGUCGAGAAGGCAAGAAAGCCUCUACUGUUAACGAUUCUGCUACGGUGUCUUCUGGAUUGGGCACUAGAGAAAAGAGGGCAAUUUCAAACACAACUCCCGGUCAGAAAUCGGAUGUUGAAAAGCGAUUGAACGCUGUGGAAGAAAGGUGAGUUUUAAAAAAUGAAAUGAAAUCAAAACAAAAACGCCCCCUUAUCUUAGGAUUAGAUCACAGUCAGUUUGCAGUAUUACAGAAUAACUCGGACAUCAAGAUGAUUCUGAUGAUUGUAAUAGUUUAACGAUUGCUAGUAAGUUCUCAGGGUGCUACUAGCAUGAUUAGGAUAUUGUCAUUUUAUAUACUGAAAUCCUGCCAGAAGUGGCCAUAUGCCAGUGAUAAAAAACACAUCAUUUGUUUGGAUUUUCAAAAUUUAGUUUCAAAUAUCCGUUAAUGCUAUCUCUUCACCCCUACAAGUCAACAAGUUAACAUUUUUGGCAAGGAGCUUUAUUCGCAAGAGAAGUAAAAUGACAUCGACAUCCGAACGGUAAGAUAAUACAAACAAAUUAUACAAGAAAAAGACCAUGUAUGUCCCAAGAUGGCUGGCUCUCGGAACAUCUUGGCCUAUUAAUAGUAACCGAAAAGUUGUCCCCUAAAAAUCAGCGAAAAACCCGCAGACGUGCUAUAAAUCGAAGAAAACCGAAAAAUCGCCCUGUUCAAUGACCGAAAAAGGGCAAAACACCAUUGUUACAUUAGACUUGCAGACUUUUUUGUAACUACUGUGAAACUACGUGGAAGUUGUACCUUUCUAAAAUGGGCUAUCUGUUACACGUAAAAAUUCGAUCCCGUGCCUGUUAUAACUAAGACGCAGAAGAAAACAUCACAAAAACGAUAACCGCUCAUACGGAAACUAAAACCGAAAAACCGCAAAGAUCAAGAGCAAAACCUAGAAACCGAUCUCCCUAAAAUUGCUUGAAACCGAUAAAACCCAACAACUUACUUAAAGUAACUUCAUGAUACUUUUUCCUUUUCUUCCAGGGUCGGAGCGCUAUUUAACAGGUCGGGAUUUUUUUCCAGCAAAUUGAGGGUCCAAAAGCUCUUUUCCUACAUAAUUCGAGGUAUUGUAAUUCGCACGGUUGCGUUAAAAAAGUCGGCUAACAGGGACUUGGUUAUUUUGGACUGAAAAAAACGAAGUUGGGUUCACUAGAACCAAGAGAAAAUAAUUGGCCGGAGAGAGAGGGAAUCCUAGGGAGUUUGCUGGAAUAUGUGAAUUUCACUUAAGUUAUUUUUAGCAGUUGUUAUUAAACGGAAGUCUUAUUCCUGAGACGUCCGUACAUUUUAAUCGAUCGCUUGAAACGUCAUCAAUUGCACGCGCGACUGCCUAAAAGCCAGCAAACAAUGCAGAAUAUUGUUAUGGAUACUGUUAAAUUCUCUAUUGACAACACUGAAUAAAAGUUUGCGGACCUCUCCAGAAACCAACUUGCGAUUAAUUUCAAGUGUUAGAUUGGCCUAAAAGUAACUUUCAUCAAAUUCACAUAUUUAGAUUAAGCGUUUCCCUUUUCGUCCCUUUUAUAUUCUCUCUUGCUCGAACUAAGAUUAGUUUGUUGUUUGUUUAUUUUUUUGGCUUUGGCCACUGCCACUCCAACAAACUUGAGACACUAGGAUCAGAAGAAAAUCAGGCUAGGAAUACGGGAUUGUUAUAUCCCAUGGGCUCCUGGUUUUAUCAAACACAGAAAAUGGACGAAAUUUAGCUUUUCGUAAAAUGUCCUUGAAACUUGAUCAAACACUAUUUUGCAUUUAUUCCAAGUGAAUAAUUUAACCUCAAAUUUCGUUUCAUUACAGGACGGGACGGCCGCGAUGGAAAGGAUGGCCCAACAGGUCCGCCAGGAUUACCCGGAAAACCAGGGAUACCAGGCAACCCUGGAUUAUCUGGUGUUGGGUUCCCUGGGAAAGCUGGGCCGCCUGGUAAGGACGGUCCACCUGGCAAAUCUGGGGCAAAAGGUACUUAACUUUGAUUUCUUUGGCUUCUUUAACAGCGAGAAACUGAGCACAAACUGAUUUGGUACUUUUCCUGGAAGAACACCUAUAGAAGACAUUUUCGAAAAGUCUUUUAACAUUGUAUUUCUGACCACUCACAGGAGAUGCUGGUAAGCCGGGCGUUAACAGACCUUUUCCAGGCCCUCCUGGUCCCAAAGGAGAGAGAGGUUCUGCUGGAAGUCCUGGGUUGAAAGGGCCUCAAGGACCAAAAGGCGAAAAGGGAAAGGAAGGAGCUGGGAAGUCUGGAGUGAAAUAUGUUCGUUGGGGAAGGACCACUUGUCCAAGAGGUGCUGAGCUAGUUUACAAAGGUAAGUCAGCUCCGCCUUUUAUAAGAAAUUUUUUUUACGAUCUAUUUCAUGAAUAAAUACAGAAAUAAAUAAAUAGAUAAAUAGAUAAGUAAAAUGUUUUUCUUCACUGCUUUAUGUUUCGAAUUUGUUCUGCUAUUGUGCUUAAUACUUUGUAGGUAUAAUAGGUGGAGAACAUCACGCUCAUCAAGGUGGUGGAGUUAACUACCUUUGUCUUCCACGCAAUCCAACGUACGACAGGUACAGCGAUGGCGAUCAGUACUCAGCAUACAUGUACGGAACCGAGUAUGAAGUCCCUCAGUACAAUGGGAACCCUUUCAAAAGAAAUCUCCAUAAUCACGACGCACCUUGUGUUGUCUGCUUUGUCAAAUCACGUGGUUCAUUGCUGAUGAUGCCCGCACGAAAUGACUGUCCAUCUGGAUGGACCGAGGAGUAUCAUGGGUACCUGAUGAGUUCAUGUUACAACCACCCAGGCCAAAAAGACAUCGUCUGUGUUGACAAAGACCCAGAACGUGUUCCUGGCAGCCACGUCGGCCGAAGGGAAGCUUUGCUGUACCCUGUAGAAGGUCUUUGUGGCUCACUGCCGUGUCCUCCAUAUGUUAAGCAUCGAGAACUGACAUGCGUUGUGUGCACAAAAUAGAUUUAAGCUGUAGUAAUAUCUGUGUAACAAAAAAAUAAACAAAAGGAGUAGAAAAC